AUGGCAACAUUCGGGAGGAGGUCUACUGCCAGCAACCAACUGGGUUCACCGAUUGCGCGCCCCGACGCUGUGUGCUUGCUGUCCCGAUCGCUCUAUGACCUUCGUCAAGCUCUGCGCGCCUGGUUCAACCGCUUCGUCGACAACGUCCUCACACUCGGCUUCGUUCAAUCCCGGGCGGACCCAUCUCUGUUUGUGCUACGAAAGGGGAACGCCACAGCAUACUUGCUAUUGUACGUCGACGACAUCAUCCUCUCGGCGUCCUCCACAGCGCUGCUCCAGGAGAUUGUUCCGAGCCUCAAGACAGAGUUCACGAUCAAGGACAUGGGCCCUCUCUGCUUCUUCCUUAGCAUCGACGUACAACGACACCACGACGGGUUCUACCUGUCACAAGCCGCUUAUGCCCGCGACGUUCUGGAGCACGCGGGCAUGGCGAACUGCAAGCCGGCUAGUACGCCUACAGAGGCCAAGUCCAAGGUUGCCAGCUCUGAAGGCAAGCUCUUCUCCGACCCCUCGUGUCACGCCACCAUGCUCAAGCGCGUACUCCGAUACGUCAAAGGCACCGUCGACUUCGGCCUCCACCUCCUUGCCGCCGCGACGCCCAAGCUGAUCGCCUACACCGACGCCGAUUGGGCCGGCUGCCCCGACACUCGGCGCUCCACCUCCGGAUUCUGCGUGUAUCUUGGUGAUGCUUUUGUGUCCUGGUCAUCCAAACGCCAGAACACGGUGUCCCGAUCGAGCGCGGAGGCCGAAUACCGAGGGAUCGCCAACGCCGUCGCCGAGUGCACGUGGCUCCACCAGCUUCUUGGCGAACUCCACCAUGGCGUCCAGCAAGCAACCAUUGUCUACUGUGACAAUGUUUCGUCGGUCUACAUGUCCAAGAACCCCGUGCAUCACCGACGAACCAAGCACAUUGAGCUUGACAUCCAUUUCGUCCGGGAGAAGGUGGCCAUUGGCGAGCUCCGCGUCCUCCAUGUUCCCAGCGACAAGCAGUUCGCCGACAUCUUUACCAAGGGCUUGCCGUCUGCACUCCACGACGAUUUUCGAUCCAGCCUCUGCGUUGGCACCGACAGCUGA